CAGGAGGGCUCCAGGCCCAGAAAGGGCCCAAGGCAGGACGAUGGCCAGUGGGGGCAGCGACCUCAGCACCAGGAUGUCUGCAGAAGAUGAGAACAUAGGAAAUAAGCAUAUCAAUGACAUUGCACUCACAUACUUUAAAAAAUAUAAGGUGGAGAUUUCAGGCGCAAUAACAACAACAUUUCCUUUCCUUGAACUUAUCCGGGACCGUGGAUUCAUCACCAAUGAAAUGUAUGAAAAAUCUCAAGAAUCUUUUAAAAAACGGUUUUCUGUACAUGAAGUCAUAUAUGAUGUUCUCAGUGAACUGGAGAAGAAAUUUGACAUGUCCGUUCUGCGAGCACUGUUCAGCAAGGUCAUCAUGAAUAAAUACACUGAUUUAUAUUGCAUUUAUAAAAUAUUCAACAAAGAGAUACCAGACAUAAAACCCUUCCUAGAAAGUGAUGGAGAAGAAAAUGAGGAGAGGCCUAAUUACCAACAAAGCCUGGAACAAGGAACUGGUGGUAAUUCAUAUCAAAGACCGAUGUGGUUAGGCCCAGAUGCCUGUAAUUACAAUGGUACAGCCCUACCUGAACAUGGACUCUCAGAGCACUGCUGUGAAACACAACAGAUAAAUGUGAAUGAAGCAGGUACAACCACUGACAACAAUAAUGCACUAGAAAGUCGACAAGGAAGUGAACAAUGUGCCCAAGAGUCUGAGCAGGACGGUACUGUGGAUUUUGGAAACAACUCCAUUUCAGGAAAAACCAAGAAGAGAAGAAGGACAAAAAUGCACAUAGAUGAGACUGUGAAUUUUAAUGCUGAAAUACUUCCUGUGACCUGUGGGGAGAUGAUGGGCAUGUUAAUUAAGAGAAAAUUGCAACGAGGAUCCACGGUGAAGUGUAUAAGGACAGAGGAUGGAAAUUGGUUUACCCCAAAGGAAUUUGAAGUUGAAGGAGGCUAUGAAAAUUCAAGUAACUGGAAGAACAGUGUGUGCUGCGGUGGGAGACCCCUAAAAUGGCUGAUAGAGAAUGAAUAUCUACCUCAACCUCCACAUGACAGGAAGAGAAAGCCGGAAAACGCAGAGAAAUGCAAGAUCUGUGGGGAUGAAGGAAAGCUCUUCAAAUGCAGUUUUUGUCUCAUCUUCUUUCAUGAGUACUGUCACAUCCCACCUGUGGAACCUGAGAGGAAGGAUUGGAUAUGUACCUUCUGCACAACAGAAGUGUCUUCAGGAAGUCAGCAGCAUGCCAGCUAUUCUGAGGUCCUGGCGAGACGGAUGGGGCCCAAAGAGAAGUCGAAUUGUGUGUUCCUCCUCCUAAAGCUCUACUGUCAUUUAGAGGGCAAUAUUUUUCAGAAUAUUCCACAUGAACAUUAUGUUCAAAAGGCUUCUCAAUGCCUAGAGACACUUAGGACAUUGGAUGAAAUCAAGAAUAAACUAAAUGGAGGAUGUUAUACCAAAGUGAAGGGGUUUGUGCUUGGCAUGAAGAAAAUCUUUCAGGAUCCUAAGGACGACUCAGUUCUAACAAAAGAGGAAUUUAAGAAGAAUUUCAAAGAAGUCUUUUCUAUUCAGUAAACAAAUCAGAAGAGUUCACUGUUAGUGGAUGCUUUUGAUACCCUGGAAAAUCCGCUUUCAUGCAGAUUUCUCAUCCCCCAGCUGCUAUGAGCAUUGGCUGCUUAUGCCAUGCCUUCCCAGUGUAUCACUAUGGGCCAAAUGUAGACAGAUUCACUCAAAGGUUAAAUCUCUUUGUGAUGGGGGUUGGUUCCCAGCACUAAGGUUGAACCAACCAUGUGGAGUAAUUGGUGUUUCUGUGCCCCCAUAGCUGAGCUAGUCUCCAGCUAUGACCACCUCCUUGCUUAGCAUUUCCCAGCACAGUGUCCUGCUUCCCUCAUCUCUCCUCCUCCUGAGAAAAUUCUCACAAUAAAUCACUGACUAAAGAGA